AUGACCACUUUUAACCGUAUUAUAGUAGGUAAAAAGUUCAAAGAAAUUCAAGUUCCCGAAGAAAGUAUCUACAACUUGAUCACCGACUCCACAGAAACUCAGAAGUCUCAUACAAGAUAUCAAUCUAAGUUUAAUCCAUCGACAAAAAAGUUUUACGAGUCUGUGAAAAUGCCUCACCAAACAAUGGGUUUUGUAAAAACCGUCUCCAAUCCUGAGGAUUAUCUGAAAAAGCGAAGUAGAAGCGCCAAGAAAAAAGAAAUUCCACCUUGCUCGUGUAUAAAAAAAGAACACAAAAAGCCCCCUAUUCCCAAACUCGAUGACAUCUCUCCUUUGAUGCAUGACAAAAGAGACUUCAUCAAGUUCAAUGUGCUGAAUGCACUGAGGAAGCCCGCCAUGAUGCCUGCCAGAAAAACAGUGGACACAAGAAAAGGAGACGUCUUUCUGCUCGAAUUUUCUGGUUUGGUCCCUAAAUUCAGCAUGAAAAAGGAGUUUGGUAAGAUGCCCAAAUAUCUUGUUAAACGAAAAGAAGAUUUAGAUUAUGCUAGAGAAGUAUUUAUGAAGGAGAAUGCUGUUGAACGACCUAGAAUGUUAACUGAAGAGGAGAAGGAUCAGUUAAUUAAGGGUUUGAGGGCAAAUCUUGAAGAGUUAAGCAAAAGAUAUUUGACACUACCUCUGGUCAUUGAUACCAAACUGCUUCAACAUCGAAAGCUGGAAUUGGAGAGAAAACUGGGAAGUUUGGAACGUGAUACUUACUUUUUAGAGAGGAACAAAGAUGUAGAUAUUUAUGUACUGCCAGAAUAUUCAUAAUCUAGCGACACAAUAACUCAUCAGCCGUACGAAUCGAUCUCAUAGAAAAACAAUGUCCCGAAAAAAUAUUUGUUACUAUGAUUAUAUAAUUUCAACUGUUGUG